UUGCACCUCAUCUAUCAAGCAGAUGGAAGCCUUCGGAAGAUGUCUAAAAUUGAGCGUCUUAAUGCCCGUGUGGCGAAGCUGCUGACGGUGGCAGUGCAUGAGGUUCUGCAGGUGGUUAAAGAGACGGUAUCAGAGUAUCAGGAGAACACGGCCAGAACUCAGAGAGAGAACGAGAGUCUGAGGAAAAUUGUGCAGGAACUCCAGGACAAGAUGAAGAGCGAGAACACGGGUGAGUCAGAGUAGUAAAAGUGUAUGCUAGGCGCUACUGCUGUUGGGCCCUUGAGCAUUGCACUCUAAACCAGGUCGUUCCACCUCAAAGCACAAGAAAGAGGAUUUCGACACCCACCAUCUCAGAUAGUUAUGAAAUUGCUUCUGUUGUUAGAAACAGAUAAAAUUAGCAUUCCUACAACAUUAUUUUGUUUAAAUAUACUUUUGAUCGCUGAGAAAUUAAGCUAAUUAAUUGCACCCAAAUUGGCCAUAAAAAUUUAUAGGAUUCAUAUAAUAUUCAAUAAAUAUAGUACCUUACAUCUGAUUUGGACUUUAUUUUUUUAUUUUACAAUGAGUAAGAAAUCCAAAGAAAUUGUCAAAAGUCACCCCCACACCAAUCCCACCCCAACAACGAGUAUAUAGUAUCAGUUCUCUAUGUCUGACAUAGUACGAAGUUGUUAGGUUUAUGUCCCAUCCUACAUCCUGAUAUUACCAGGUUCUGACCACUAGGUGCUAUUAGGUGAUAGCCGUGACCCCCCCCCCCCCCCCCCCCCCCCCCCCCACACACACACACAUAAGCCUAAGAACUUCAAUUUGUAAUUUCUCUGAACAGGAAAAAAAGAAAAUCAAAAUUCACUGAUGAAGGAACAAUACAUCGAGCUGCAGCUCCAUACUACUUGUCAGCCAUAGAGAACUGAUACUGUAGACUCGUUUUUGGGGUGGGAUUGGCGUGGGUUGUCUGUGGAUGGCUUUUGACAAUUUCUUUGCAUUCCUAAUGUCUUACUCAUUGUUAGAAAAAAGUUUGGUCCAAAUCGAAUGUUAGGUACUACAGUCGUAUGAAAAAGUUUGGGCACCCCUGACAAUUUCCAUGAUUUCAAUUUAUAAAUAAUUUGGUGUUUAGAUCAGCAAUUUCAUGUAUCUAUCAAAUAACUGAUGGACACAGUAAUAUUUCAGUAGUGAAAUUAGGUUUAUUGGAUUAACAGAAAAUGUGCAAUAUGCAUCAAAACGAAAUUAGACAGGUGCAUAAAUUUGGGCACCCCAACAGAAAAAUCACAUCAAUAUUUAGUAGAGCCUCCUGUGCCUGUGGUCUUCCAUUUCCUCACUAUGUUCCUCACAGUGGACACUGACAGCUUACAUCUCUGCGAUAGCUUUUUGUAGCCUUCCCCUAAACCAUAAUGUUGAACAAUCUUUGUUUUCAGGUCAUUUGAGAGUUGUUUUGAGGCCCCCAUGGUGCCACUCUUCAGAGGAGAGUCUAAGAGAACAACAACUUGCAAUUGGCCACCUUAAAUACCUUUUCUCAUGAUUGGAUGCACUUGUCUAUGAAGUUCAAGGCUUAAUGAGCUCACCAAACCAAUUGUGUGUUCCAAUUAAUCAGUCCUAAGUAGUUACAGGUAUUCAAAUCAACAUGACAAGGGUGCCCAAAUGUUUGCAUAGCCUAUUUUUCACAUCUGAUUUAAUUUCAAACAACUUAAUAUUGCUACACUAAAAAUCGUUGUCUGGACAAUACCCCAGUACUCAGCUUUGAAUGGCAUGCCACUGUGAUCAUUUUCUGUGACGACAGAGUAAAUUAUUAUGCAGCCUCAGAGGGGUGCCCAAAUAUUUUCAUACGACUGUAUAUUUAUUGACUGUUAGUGCCUUCAGAAAUAAUCCACACACUCCUUGACUUAUUACACAUAUUGUUGUGUUACAGCCUGAAUUUAAAAUGGAUUAAAAACAUUUUUCCUCACCCAUCUACACACAAUACCCCAAAAUGACAAAGUGAAAGCAUGUUUUUAGAAAAUGUUGCACAUUUAUUUCAAAAUUACAUUUACGUAAGUAUUCACACCCCUGAGUCAAUACAUGUUAGAAUUACCUUUAGCAGCGAUUCUGGGUGCGUCUAAGAGCUUUGCACACCCGGAUUGUACAAUAUUUGCACAUUAUUAUUUUUAAAAUUCUUCAAGCUCUGUCAAGUUGGUUGUUGAUCAUUGCUAGACAGCCAGUUUCAAGUCUUGCCAUAGAUGUUUAAGCCAAUUUAAGUCAAAACUGUAACUAGGCCACUCAGGAACAUUAAAUAUCGUCUUGGUAAGCAAGUCCAGUGUAUAUUUGGCCUUGUGUUUUAGGUUAUUGUCCUGCUGAAAGGUGAAUCUGUCUCCCAGUGUCUGUUGGAAAUCAGACUGAACCAGGUUUUCCUCUAGGAUUUUGCCUGUGCUUAGCUUUAUUCAGUUUAUUUUUAACUAAAAAACUCCCUUGUCCUUGCUGAUGACAAGCAUACCCAUAACAUGAUGCAGCCACCACCAUGCUUGAAAAUAUGAAGAGUGGUACUCUGUGAUGUUUUGUGUUAGAUUUGCCCCAAACAUAACGCUUUGUAUUCUGGACAUAAAAUUAAUUUCUUAGCCAUUUUUUUUGUUGCAGUUUUACUUUAGUGCCUUAUUGCAAAAAUGAUGCAUGUUUUGGAAUAUUCUUUAUUCUGAACAGGCUUCCUUCUUUUCACUCUGUCAUUUAGGUUAGUAUUGUGGAGUAACUACAAUGUUGUUGAUCCAUCCUCAGUUUUCUCCUAUCACAGCCAUUAAACUGUAACUGUUUUAAAGUCACCAUUGGCCUCAUGGUGAAAUCCCUGAGCGGUUUCAUUCCAAUCCGGCAUCUGAGUUAGGAAGGACGCCUGUGUCUUUGUAGUGACUGGGUGUAUUGAUACACCAUCCAAAGUGUAAUUAAUGACUUCACCAUGUUCAAAGGGAUAUUCAAUGUCUGCUUUUUUAAUUUUUUACCCAUCUACCAAUAGGUGCCCUUCUUUGUGGGGCAUUGGAAAAACCUCCCUGCUCUUUGUGGUUGAAUCUGUGUUUGAAAUUCACUGCUCGACUAAGGAACCUUACAAUUAUCUGUAUGUGUGGGGUACAUAGAUGAGAUAGUCUUUCAAAAAUCAUGUUAAACACUAUUAUUGUACACAGUGGGUCCAUGCAACUUAUGCUACUUGUUAAGCAAAUUUUCAAUUCCUGAACUUAUUUGGGCUUGCCAAAACAAGGGGGUUUAAUACUUUCAACUUUUCAUUUUUUAUACAUUUGUAAAGAUUUCUCAAAACAUAAUUCCAGUUUGACAUUAUGAGGUAUUGUGUGCAGGCCAGUUACACAAUCUCAAUUCAUCCAUUUUAAAUUCAGGCUGUAACACAACAAAAUUGCCAAUUUGGGUGCAAUCAAUUAGCUUAAUUUCUCAGAGAUCAUAUUAUAUUUCAACAAAAUGUAUCAGGAAUGUUAAUAUUAUCUGUUUCUAACUACAUAAAUGUUUUCAGAACAAUCUGAGAUGGUGAGUGUCCUGGCUUGUUGAAAUGACAUGGAAUGACCCAACCCUAACAAGCUCCAGGGGCUAACCUCUUGUGUGUAUGUGUGGUCUCCAGGAGGUUGAGAACAAAAUAAAUACAGAAAGACACAUUUCCAUUUCACAAUUGACAAAUAAAAGUUUAUUGCUUAUGAUCACCAUCAGCUACCCUCCCCCAGUCAAUCUCCUAUUACCUUGCUAUAAGCCAAAAUACAUCUUGUUCAUGUUCACAGGUGCUGUGCAGACUGUGACUGUCCAACUUGAGCUGCAGAAUUGUAAGCAGGAACUUUCCCUGGGUGAGGACACUGAACUCUUCCCAUCUGAAGAGGAGUUGACAGAGAUUCUCUCUCCAGAGCCACAUGAUCGACUUACCAGCGAAAGACCCUUUGGAGUCCAAACAUUUGCCUUUCCUCCUGCUAUCAGUUUGAAAAAGAAGAGCAGGUCGUUCCACUCAGCGGGUGGCCCAAGGAGCUUGCUGACAGAGGAACGACCAGAGACGACCACACAGAGCAGAGAGUUGGAUCUUAAAUCUGAGACAGGACAUGAUACACUUGUAAAGGGACACCACACUCUGGAGACUGAUACUGCUCUGUCAGAAACAAUAUUGAGUCAUAUGAACUCCACUCACACCGUUUCAAACUCCCUUUUCCCAAACGAUUCCCCUCAGGCCUCUCAACCACUGCUGACUUUUGAGGAGAUCAAAACAGAACCUGAAGUGGAAGCGUAUGCCACAUAUUCAACACCAAAGCAUUUUUAUGACUGUGCAGGCUCAAGCCACAUUUUACCCCAGACCCAACUCAAUCGAGAGCCUCUUCAACCUAACUCAGGGUACUUCCAGCCAAACCAAAAUGGCUCGGAACCAUUUGCAUUGGGAAACAAUGCAGAAUCGACAUUGGACAGAUUUGAUGAACAGCACAAUACCCUCCCGUUUAGGAAAUCUUUUGGUGGAGCAGGAGGGUUGAGAAUACUCCAGCGACAUCUCGGUAGUGAAAAGCGCUACUGCUGUCCUCUGUGUGGCCGGUGCUUCAGUCAUGCGGGUGAUUUUAAAAAACACAAGAGGGUCCACACUGGUGAGAAGCCAUACUGUUGUUCUGUGUGCGGAAAGCGUUUCAGUCAGUCAGGCUACCUGAAAAUACACCAACGGUACCACACUGGAGAGCGACCGUAUGGCUGUACCCAGUGUGGAAAACGCUUCAGUCACUCUAGUAAUUUCAAGAAGCACCAGCUCACUCACCUAGGAUCAGUGCCAUAAUGUAUGAGAACAUAAGGGAUCUUUGACUGAGCGCAAUGACAUUUAUUUAGAGUUGGACAGAUUAAGUGUAUGGGGGAAAUGUUCAGGAAAGUGAAAGGAUCCUCUCUAGCAGAAGAGCAUUGCUUACUUUGUUUGACUUCACAUAAUUACUAAUCUUUGUUAGGGUUUUCUGAUGUGGACAAUAUUGUGAAAAGCUGUUUUUGACAUUUUCAACACCAAAUCUCACUGGUAGAAUUAAUGGGCAGGACCACAAUUUACUGUAUUAUUCCUAACAAUGGUGGUGUGGGUCUGGGAGUCUUCCUAUUUGGUCUUUACUACUAGUAAAUCUCUAGAAUGUGUGGAAUUCUUGUCAUUUUGAAUAAACA